AUGACGCUCUUUUCGUUUUCGGUAUUCGCGUAUCAAUUGGUUUUAUCGAAUAAAAAUAUAUCACUACCAGGAGAUGUCAAUAAUCCAUGCAUUAAGUGUCCGCACCCACCAACAGAAUGCGAUUUACCAUGUGACCGUAUUAAGAAAAGAAAAUCUGUUUGUAUUAUAACUCAACAAACUUGUACUAAAUGUCCAAAGAAAACUUGUAAACCCGCCGAUGAUGAACAAUGUUGGAUUGAUAAGCCGAAUUGUUAUAAUUGUGGGUCAUCUCAUUGUAUUAAGCCUCCUUUAAAAUGCAUUACUUGUCCAUCAGAAACUCCGGAACCUUCAAAAUGCCCAAAAAAUUAUAAACGUUUAAAAAUUCCUCGAUCAUGCUUUGUUUGUGCUCAGGUUGUUUGUCUACCUGAACACUAUCAUCUGCCUGAUAAACCUCAUUCAUUUUAA